AUGUCCAAACUUUUCGCUGAAACUGAUAUUUCUUCCACAGCCCGUUUGAUUAACGCGCUUUCAAAACAAACCCCAAAUUCUUCAGAAUCUCUGCGGUCAAAAAGUAGUAAAAUCAAAGUUAGAAAUUCAACCGAUCUAUUUUGGGAUAUCAUUGGUCGCGAUAAUUAUACAAUAUCUCUGAAUCAAUCACCAGUUCUCUGCAACAGCUCUUUAUCGUCCGCUCCGAAUUUUUUUGGUAUCCCUUUGACUUCAGUCACAAGAGAUUUCAACUCAUUACCUUGGAGAUCUAAAAGGUUACCGCAGAGAGUAGUUCCUACUAUGGUUCCAAAUAAAAAUGAUAGCGCGAUCAGUUUGUUAACGAAGACCAUUAAAUCUGGUGCAUCUUCUUUAGUUUCAGCAAUUUAUACCAGCACCAUCGAAGGAGAUUGGGAAAAUUAUAAGCUAUCAAUGCCAGGCAAUCCUUUGACCCUUCCAAGAGAAGAAACGCAUUCGCUACCACAGCAGGAUGUGUUGGAGCCAGUUGAAUUCGUCGGAAGAUAUGAUGAUACAGACCCGGUUUUAACAGAAAAAAUAGCCGAUGCGAUUCGUCCCAGGCUUUCAAGGCGUCUGAGAUAUGCCCCCAGGUGGAAUUUGUUAUACAGCCUUGAUCAAGACGGCACAAGCAUGUCGACUCUGUAUUAUAAAGUUAAAGACAAGAGUCCCUUGGUAUUGGCAAUAAAAGAUAUGGAUGAUCAGGUCUUCGGCGCAUUCGUAACGGAACCGUUUAGACCACACCCUUCCUAUUAUGGCACGGGCGAAUGUUUCCUGUGGAAAUCCGUAGAACCCCAAUCUAAUAUAUCAUCGAAACCGGAGAUCAAAAUUUACCUGUGGACCGGGAGGAAUGAAUACAUGAUAUUAAGUGAAAAUAAUUAUUUAUCGAUUGGUGGAGGCAAUGGUAAAGUAGGACUGUUGAUUGACAGUGAUCUUCAGCGAGGACAUUCGGAAAGAUGCGACACUUUUGAUAAUGAUGUCUUAUCCUCAACUUCGGAAUUCGAAUGUAUGGGUCUCGAAAUCUGGGGAUUCAAUGGCUAG